AUGGUUGUUCACAGACAAAGCCUGCCCAGCAACCCCCUGGAGAAGGGCAUCAGCGGGGGCCAGGCCAAGCGCACCAACAUCGGUAUCGCGCUCAUCACCAACCCGCGCGUCCUCAUGCUGGACGAGCCCACCAGCGGCCUCGACAGCUUCACGGCCAACGAGGUCAUCUCCCUGGUCAAGGGUCUGACGUCAGAGGGCGUCACCAUCGUGGCCACCAUCCACUCCCCAACCGCCUACGCCUUCUCACUCUUCGACAGGCGCGGCCGCCUGGUGUACUUUGGACCCAGCGGCGCCCCCGCGAUCAAGUACGUGCGGUCCCUGUGCCCUGAGGAGCCCCUCGGCUGGGCCAGUGACGUGGCCGCCUCUUUCCCCCAGCGCGUCGAGGCAGCUCGCACCGUUGGUCAAUGCUAA